AUGGUAACACGCGCCAUCAGCACCAGGCAUUCGACUACAGCAGUCCUUGCUACCUACGAGCUGCUCGAAGCUAUUCUCAUCGAGCUUCCCAUGUCGCAAUUGCUCGAGGUUCGCAGAGUCAGCAAGACUUGGGAAUUGCUCAUCACGCAGUCAAAGCCGCUUCGUACCAAACUCUUCCUGGACCCAGAGCUCAGCAAGUGUCUCUGGAGUCUGGAUCGGAAAUCUCUCGAGCUCAUACCAUAUGAGUCAGGUGACAGGGAGCGCCUGGGCGAGGAGUGGAUCCAUUCUCAAGCCUUGUCGCGUCCUUCAACCGUCAACCCACUUCUGUUUGCGCACGACGCCAAACUCAGAGGUCCGCUCAAGAUCCGUGCUAUGUCUUGCGAGAACCUGUACUUCACAGCUUCUCCGGACCUGGCUAAGCGUCAUUCGGUUGUCCACGAGAUGUAUGUGACGCAGCCGCCCGUUAGUGUGGUUCAGUUCGCCUUCUACUUCCACGCAACCAAGGAACCCGGCAGGCGCUUCCGCCGCGCUGAUGGGUGCAGAACUGUAAAGGUGACGAAUAGGGAUGGCGUCAAGCUGGGCCACGUGCUGCAGGCUUUCAGGAUCGAGGCCAGCAGAACCCCAGAGUAUCGACUGAGCUCCAGGCUGUCGAUCAAGGUUCAUUCGAGCUCUCCCGGUUGUAAGAGCGUGGUCUGGAUGUUGGGAGCUAUCUUUGUCAAUGAUGAGGAGAAGGAGGGUGUGGAGAAACUUAGGAAGAAGACUGUUGACMGUGCUGAAGAACCAGGAUGGGUGGGAAAUGUUCUACGAAUGGAAGGAUGA